UGCUUCCUGUCAGUACACGUACAAACCUGAGGUUCUUCAUUCUUGUUUUACAUCAGUAGAUUUAACAGUGAUUAGAUCAUCUUUCCAGUGCAGUUAAGUACUUUUUAAAGGAUAAAGUUACUGUGGAUGACAGAGGAGUAUGGAGCCAGUGCUUAUUCUUCUUAUGAUGUUAGCUGGAGUAUCGCAUGCUUUCUUUCCAGUUGGUGAGACUAAAUGUAAUGCCACACAGAACACAUCUCUGUGUGCUGUUACUCUCGGAGGAUCUGUGAACAUCCAGCUGAUGACCAAUGCCAUCGGCUAUCAGCUGCGGUGUAAAAAACAGCUUCCCACCGGAGCCAUAAACAUAUUCUCUCUGAGGAAAGAAAAGGUGACUAUACAGGAGCCUUAUGAAAACAGGACAGAGUUUUUCAUCAACAACGGGACACUCAAGAUCACAAAAGUGGAGAGGAAUGAUUCGGCUCAAUACACCGUAGAUGUCCAUGAAAAUGGGUUCUUCGUGAAAACCAUUUAUUUUAAACUGGAUGUUCAAGAAAACAUUUUGCACAUCUUGAUCCCAGUCGUUUCUGCGGUGGGCGUUCUUCUGAUCGUUGUGGUGUGUUGCUGUGUGUGCCGGAAAGUGAGACGUCGUAAGAAGUCAGGUAAACAACUGAGAAAAAGCACCUUGAAUUCGGCUGUAAGUGAACUCACCUGAGGAACAGGAUCACCAAUGAACUGAGGACUCAAAGAAAAAAAAAAGGACUAGGACUACUUGCAUUACUUGGGAGCUUGAAAAGUAUUUUUUUGUAUCUUGAAUUAGUGUUGUGGUAUCAGUGAAAUGUCGGGCACGUCAUGUUUGCAGCUUUGUGAAGCCUGAUCAGAAUAGAUAAUGUAAAUAAUUGGAUUUUUGUAAUCUAUUUUAAAUAAAGUACAGGACUUUUUACAUUUGACAAAAUAGCAGUGGUCUCCCUGCAUUGUCAUCAUUUGCCCAUUUAAAGUCUUGGUAAUUGAAUGUUUGCGUGUAAACUUGAGACCAAAAAUAAAUCUGAUGGACCAUUAUGCACAAUAUUUAUUAAUAGACUUUUUACCCAAUGGGAGGAUGUUGCUGUACAUUAAACCCUGCAUUAAAUGCUGGAUACAUGGAAUUAAGUUGCAUCAUUGUAAAAGGCAACAAUAUUUCCAUUGCUUUCAACAAACAAGAAAUCACUCAUUUAUAUUUAGCUGUUAAGCUUUUACUGAAAAUCAUAUCAGUCAAAGACUUUAAACACUAGCAGGAACUAGACGACUGAAGUAGUUGUGUUGUGUUUCUAGUAUUAGUUGAUGCUGCAGCUUAUAAAUCCUCUUGUGCUGUGACGACAUCUACUGGUUGUAUUUUUUUUCACUCACAUUAUUUCCUGGUUAGGUAACAACUGUUUAUGUUCAUCUUUGAAUGUAACUUUCUGUUUUGUUUUCGGCCUGCAUAUGAAAAGACAUUUGUGUUUCAUGUUAGUUACAGGGACUUCAUGGUAGUACCAGAAGUAUUUGUGGCCGUGGUGAAACCCCUAAUUUGUUCUCUCUUCUGCUGGGGAACACUCUUUCCAGGAAAGCACAGAGUUCUUGAUUCUCUUAAAAACACAAUUUAUGAAUAUAGAAUAGAUAAAACAAUUAAAAUAGUCCAGGCCUAGAGUCUCUUUAGGUCCACCAGUGCUUCAAGUUGGCAGAUCUGAAGUCCGGGGGAGAUCCAGGAGUAAUAGAUAGAGAAGCCAAUGCCCCAAUCCCAACGUCCCCCCUAAGGCCUAAAAUCCAUCAUUUCAAAUAAUCUAUUAACUUGUUUUUGUAAAAACAGCUUCGAUGAGAAAAUUAAAUGUUUGA